AGAUUCACUGACAGCUGUAGUCUGUACCACGCAGUGGAUCACUGGACUCAGCAGACUGUUUGAAAAGUUAAGGCCUGGGGAAAGUUAAUGAGAAGAUUCGAUCAUCUGGCACCCCCCACCUUCCUCAACUCCAUCCUCUUAUCCCAGCCAUUGUCUUCAUCCAGUGUCGCUGUGACUCAUUCACAUAGUUGGACGUUGGAAGUUCACUGAAGACUGAAUGUGCUCGAAUGGAAGACCCCAAAGAGGCUUUUAACCCUUAAAGGCCCACCAAACCUCAUCUACUUAACCCUUUCUGACUGCGCCGGCUCAGGUUCUUUCCUGAGAGGAGGAGGAGCAGAGAUUGGUGGAUUGCUCGACGUGACAAACCUGUUUGUGGGUUAUGUGAAUCUGCCGUGGGCCAUGUGUUACUGGUGAGGUCUCUUCUUCUGCCAAAAUGAGGCUGAUACCCGUCUCGCCUCGACCCGUCCUGCCGGCCUUCCUGGCUCUCACCUUAGUCGCCUUCUUACCUCAGCUGUCCUCAGGAGCCACGCCGUUCCCCCAAGACCUGGAACCAAUCAGCAUCGUGGGCAGAGAAAACUCCUACCUCUACCCCAGCUUCCAGGGGCUCAUGUCAGACAAUGACACUGUCCGCCUGGGUCUGGAUUUCCAGAGGAUGCUAAGGAUCAACCACAUGCUCUACAUCGCUGCCCGGGACCAUGUGUUCGCCAUCAAUCUUGCAGCUUCAUCUGAGCAGAUAAUCCCACAGCAGAAACUGACUUGGAAAACGAAGGAUGUGGAGAAAUGCACUGUGAGAGGGAAGAACAGCGACGAAUGUUACAACUACAUCAAAGUUCUGGUGCCACGCAAUGACGAGACGUUAUUCGCCUGCGGCACCAAUGCUUUCAAUCCCACCUGCCGCAACUAUAAGAUGUCGACACUGGAGCAGGAAGGGGAGGAGGUGGUGGGACAAGCUCGAUGUCCCUUUGAAUCCCGCCAGUCCAAUGUCGGCCUUUUUGCAGGUGGUGAUUUCUACUCUGCCACCAUGACUGACUUCUUGGCAAGUGAUGCAGUUAUUUACAGAAGUCUGGGUGAAAGCAGCCCUGUGCUGCGUACAGUCAAGUACGACUCCAAAUGGCUGCGAGAGCCCCAUUUCCUCCAUGCUAUAGAGUACGGAAACUACGUGUACUUCUUCUUUAGUGAGAUUGCGGUGGAGUACACCACUCUUGGCAAGGUGGUUUUCUCAAGGGUUGCACGUGUUUGUAAGAAUGACAAUGGGGGUUCCCCGAGGGUGCUGGAACGUUACUGGACAUCGUUCCUCAAAGCUCGGCUGAACUGCUCUGUUCCUGGUGAUUCUUUUUUCUACUUUGAUGUUCUACAGUCUCUCACCAAUGUGCUGCAGAUUAAUCAUCGGCCAACUGUGCUUGGAGUCUUCACCACACAGGCAAACAGCAUCACUGGCUCUGCAGUCUGUGCUUUCUACAUGGAUGACAUAGAGAAGGCCUUCAGUGGUAAAUUUAAAGAGCAGAAGAAUAGUGAGUCAGCCUGGACACCUGUUCCAGAGGAGCAAGUCCCAAAACCAAGGCCAGGCUGCUGCGCUGGUGAGGGCUCAGCCACCGCCUACAAGUCGUCCACCAAUUUCCCCGACGAAACUCUGACUUUCAUCAAGUCGUAUCCACUCAUGGACGAGUCCGUCCCCUCGGUCAAUGACCGACCCUUUUUCACCCGCACCACUAGCAGGUUCAAGUUGACUCAGAUAGCAGUGGAUACAUCUGCGGGGCCCUAUAAGAACUACACGGUAGUCUUCCUCGGGUCAGAUAACGGCCAUGUGCUGAAGAUCCUGGCAAGCACCGAGGGAGCCAACGCGUCUUUCAGCACCCAGCUCCUGGAGGACAUUGAUGUCUACAACCCCAACAAAUGCAACGUGCGGGGGGAGGACAGGAGGGUCCUGGGGCUUGAGUUGGACCGGGAUCAUCAUGCGUUGUUUGUGGCGUUUUCAAGCUGCGUGAUCCGUGUGCCGCUCAGCCGCUGUUCUGAGUACAGCCACUGCAAGAAAAGCUGCUUGUCUUCUCAGGACCCUUACUGCAUCUGGCUCAAGUCAGGCAGCUGCGUCACCGUUUCACCUGGUUUCAGAGGCGGGUUUGAACAGGACGUGGAGAACGGCUACCAUCAGCACCCCGAUACCUGCCACGAUGUCUUGGCAACCACUCGAAAGCAGAACACAGCCCUGGAUUCAGCGUAUGGGAAGACCACACCCACAAGCGCCAGCACAACCUAUCAUGGGGCGGCAUUCCCAAAGGAGGCAGGUGACCCUGAAAGAGGUACAGGUCCUGAUCGCCCUCCCCAUGUAGGGGAACAAGGGUCACCUGACUCGGAGCCAAUCAGUGUGGAGAUGGAGGGCGUGAGACGACCUCCAGAGCUAGAGAAGACCACUCACAGCGUCCAUUAUACUCUUCUGAUUGCUUGUGUUUUGGUGGCCUUCGUCCUCGGUGCCUUCCUCUCUGGUUUCCUGGUCUCAUGCUACUGUAAUCACACGAGCCACAAGACCAAGAAGUUGUCGAAAGAUCCCGAAGCCCCAAUCCCCCAUGCUCUGUCUCUACGCAGCCUGGCCAAGCUCAAUGGCCUCCUGGACAGCCAAAGCAAGGAUGACAAGUUGGAGGUGUCAUCUCCAAAGAUCUACAACUCUUUCUUUGCCAACAGUAAGGAGCAUCACCCACCAAGGAGAAAUGGCCAUCAUGGAAUGACAAUGGGAGAUUUGGUCCACCCCCACCAUCACCAACUCCACCAUUCCUCAGAGCUGUCUGGUCUGCCGACACCAGACUCAACGCCAGAACUGCCAAUUAAGAGCAUGAAAGCAUUCAAGAACCAGUGGGAGAAGAACCAGAACUGCAACAAUGCUAAAGAACCAAAGUCCCAUAACAUUGGCUCCAGGCCCAGUUCUGCCAUACUUCACCAGCAUGUCUUCCCCUACUCCCAUGGACUGUCUAAUGGCCAGUCAGGAGUUGGACACCUCCAUCCUGACGAACGCAAAAUUCACAACGUUGAGCGUGUGUUAUCUCAGCAGCCUUACCCUGGUUACUCUCAGAAGGUGAUGGAAGUAACCUCACUUGAUGAGCUUCUGAAGCACAUCCAUGAGGCAAGCAGCAGCAAGAACUCCCAGCUCAUGAGCCCAUCUGGUCUGAUGGCCAGCGGAGGUGGAGGCCAGCUAGCUUUUGCCAACCGCAUCCAACCUCAGAUACCUGAGACAGAAUCAGCUCCCUACUACAGCUCAUCCACUUUACCGCGUGAUAGCCUCACCCGUCGCAUGGAUGUUCCGCCAGACAUUCCCAUGCACCAUCAGUCCACCUUGGAGAGGAGGCAUUCCUCCCAAAGGCAAUCACUGAUAGCUGCAGCCACCAAAAUGCCCAACGGAGGUGGAAUAGUAGGAGGAGGAGGGGGCGGAGGAAUGAUCCCUCGCCAACACAGCUUCAGCCAGCGAAACAGUGGUCCCCACCAGCCGCCUCCCCUUUUGGCACGGAUGAACUCGACGGGCAGCGCGUGUGAGGUUCACUAUCCCCUGCUUCCCAAUGGGUACCUGACACGCCAGCACAGCUAUAAUGGAGAACAGCAAGAGGUUCCCCACAGGGGUGCAAUCAUCCGCCGGGCAUCCUCUCUCAAACCUGACGUCCCUCCCAAGCCCCUAUUCAUACCUGCCACAUCCCCAGUCAACGAACAGGGAAAAUUCAACUACUGAGGGGUAUACUCCUGGACUAGAGAAGGAGUCCCCCCCUCAUUGUGUCAUCUGUAAGAAACUUUGAAGAAAUGCAGUGAGUUUGAGGUUGCAGAUCUUUACCAGAAAACACAAGCAACUGUGUGGCAGCCAGUGUCACUGUGGACAAAAGCCUCAACCAAACUUGUUUUUUCCCGCUUCUUUUUGUCCAACGAAUAUCUUUGUACCAUAUUGGUAUUGCUUAGCUACUUGCUUAUUAUAGAACCGCUUACUCAGGUGACGUGAUGUCACCUUCUUAUAUUAGGCUGCCAAUGUCCUCAAUGUGGAUUUACAAUGCAACUCAGUUUUUGGACAUGUUGGUGUUGGAAAAACUUGACACAUCAGUCAUCUUGAAGACUUAAAAAGCCAGAGGCUCGUGUGAUGCUUAGAUUCAUGCUUUUGCUUAACCUUUUUCUGAUGUAGUGUUGGUAUCCGGUCCCCACCCACCCCACCCUCGAAUGUGUUUAUAUUAUGCAUGUGUGUGUAUAUAUAUGUGUGUUUAUAUCCACACCGUAUAUGUAUACAUAUACAUAUGCAGUAUAUGUAACCUGUGGUUUAAAAAAAAAAUCCCCUGGAAGUAGUUAUGUCUUUGCCUUACUAUACUCUCUCAUCUUUGGGCAUAUCAAACGAUCCCCCCCAAGCCCUAAGAAAUAUCUUAGGGGCACCAAAUGUUCAUCAACAAUUUGUCAUUUGGCUAUAGACACUGAUUCAAAUACUUCAACAAAGCAGCUACGCUCGCCUUCCAUUUUAUUUUUUUUCCCUGUCCCAGGAGAUGUCAGGUGGCAUCAUUCGGGUCCAUUUAAGUUCUUCGAGAAUGUUUCGAUAACAUUGGUGCUCCACAAAUCUAGUGGGUCUAACAUCCUUUGAAAUGGAAACAAACAACAUUGUAUUCUCUGAAAUAUUUUGGACCCAAAGACGACAAGACAAAUAUGCCUUGCCAUCUGGUGUUAGGACAAUGAACACUGAACAUCGAACAGACUGCAGUUAUCAUAAUUAUUAACUCUGUGGCUAUUGGUUGUAAAUAAAGGAAUAAUUACUAGCCAAAUUUUAACUGUAUGUGUAAAUGUGUGCCUUAUUUAAUAAUAGUGUGUGACAUGGGGUUAGGGGUCAAUGCAAGGGGCUCAGAUGGUAACUAUGCUACAGUAUAUUGUAGGUGUUUGAUUUUUCUAUGGCUGUCAGUAUGUGUCAUACAGUAUCUAUUGUAUAUGUGAAGAGUUUCAUUCCAAAAUAAGAUAUGUCAUAUGUUCUAAUUAACUGAAUUAAUAGUAUCAUUGUAACACUCACUAAUUGAUCAUAUUUUUCUCAUAUUGACUUUAUUUUUUUUUUCAAAAUAGGCUAAUAUUUUACAAAUGAUCUAAUUUUAUUUUAAUUAAUGUAAAACAACAGGUACCAUUUUCAACACUGAUACACUGUUUUGGAAUGAAACCCUUCGUUUUUCACUCUUCUUUUGUUUUCAUCCCAAAACUAUGAGCCUACAGGUUUUUAUGCGAGUGUGGUGGAAAGCAAGUACACAGCCUGAGACUGCAGACAUUCAGGUUUGACUGUAUUUUGUCACUUACACCUGGAUGUCACUGUCCUUGUAGGUGCCAUUGUUACGUUUGUUUUUGUAGCGUUAUCUUCUUGUGUUGCUAAAGGAGCAGUUCACAGUUCCUCUUAAGUUAUCACCUUCAGAUGUGUAGCCAUUGUAGAAGUUAAUUUUACCUGACAGGGGGGGAAAAAAUGAGUAUUUUGCUUGAGUUUUGAAUGUCAAGAGAUAUUUUUUGAUAAUGGUGUUACACCAUACAGUUUGUUUGUAUGAAAAUAAAUGCAGGUUGGUGGCAUGUAGCAUGACUUCUACAAUGGUUACAGCUGUAGAUCUUGACCUAGUGGUGCCACCAGGUGUUAAAUUUCAAAACAUGGACAAGAAACAUGGAGCAGUGCAAUGAACUCUGAUCCGACAGGCUGAGAUUGUCUCUUGGAUCGAUACUUGGGAAGUGAUCGUGGAACCGGUUCACAGGUGGCCGUGCUGCCAGACGCUACCGAGGAUUUUCCCCUCAUUUAUGGUGAUGCCAGCCGGUUGUGCCUCAGACAUAUCACCCCCUCCAAAACUCUCAACUGUUGCACUUUUCAGGAGAGUCACGUUGACCACGGUUGGCUGGAACCGUGAUCAAUCCUGUGAAAACAGCACUAUGCUAUUUACUGUAUCUGAAAAUGGUGUUUAUUGAUUGAAAUUUCCCAGAGCUCAUUUGACCCAAUGUAAAGUUUACCAUUCGUACUACUCCAGUUUCAGUAAAUGAAGGAAAAGUACCUUACAUGUGUAAGAAAGGGGGGGGGGGAAGUGAUUUGGUAAUUAAAAGGCAGCAGAGCAUUAAAUAGCCUUUCAGAUA